AUGCCCUCUCUCCUCGACUUUUUCGAAACAAGUCGCCCUACUGCAAAGCGGAUUAGGCUGUCGGAUGACAAUCUGAAAGAUUCAACAGACAAGUCUUGCAGUGGAGAUACACCACAAAGCGAAAAGGAAUCAUCUGUUCCACCGCUCGAUUCAGAAUAUACGACCCCGGCCCCAGACCCCAGCGAAGUCCCGAUCGGAAACGAAGACGAUGAUCUGCCUCGAGGGAGUCAAACAGAAUUGGAGACUUCUCUUCCUCAAGUGGCGACCGGUCAGGAAGCCAUCGAGCAGUACGAAGCUUCAAAGGCAGCUGAAGCAGAUGAUGAGGAAUCGCAACUUACUCUUCAGCAAAGGCUAGGAGAAAGAAAAUGGCAAAAGGGAAGAAGCUCCAUCUAUGUAGAUGCUUUCAACCUUGCGCUAGAGACCGUGUUAGAAGAAGAGGCCCACCUGUUCGACGAGCCGGAGUUGGAUGUUUUUAGUCAGUGGAGAAAUAUGAGCUAUGAGGCACAGUAUUUAUACGUUCGGCUUUUCCUUCGCAAAACCGCCGCAUGGCAUCGGAUAAACCGACUGGGAUAUUAUCAAGAUAUUGCUGAUAUAUCUCAAACUGUGACGGAUCUUAGACAUGUCCAUAAACUUCCAACUUCCACGUCGUCGGAAUACGAGAACCCGGCAGAAUAUGAACCUCCGGCAGAGAACACAUUAGGGAGUUCGUUCAGAUUCGCCGAGGGAAUCGAGGAAAUAACUUCGUUAGAGGAAGCAUCCUCUUUAUUGCUAUUGGAUGAACUCAAAUUGCUGGCCAAAGAUGCAAAAGUGCAAGGAAAGAAUAAGACCGAGCUUUUGACGGCACUCCGCCAAGCGAGCCAAACUCAAGGUGGACUUACCUGGGACAGCGAGAAUAGCAACAGAGACAACCAUUUUCACCAAAAGAUUCUAGAUAUCACUGGCGACUGCAUCAAACUCUCACCGGCUCCAUUGAAACUUUUUGAGAGAGUACACUUGGUCUUCUAUCGGUCUACCGAGUGGACAGAGAAAUCGCUAACGACCAUUAUUUUGGCCAAAAUAUCCCGCAAAAAUUUCCCUGAUUAUAUUGUUUCACGAUCUACAUCGAUAUUUCCGUCAAGAGCUGCUUUACUAGAAUUUGAAGCGGCGUUGAGAAUUCAGUUUGAGAUCGACAAUAUCCUAGAAUUUAGUGGAAAACCAACCACCGAACGUCUGCAGAGAAUCAAAGACUUGGGCGAUAAAGUCUAUCCCCGAUGGAAAAUCUUACUGGAGGAAGAACAACGCAAGGAAGAUAGCAUCUACCUCGCUGGCGAAGGUGCCUAUUUACGCCGAUUUUCCCCUGCGUGGGUUUAUACUAGAAUUCUCCAUAAGACUCUUCACCCUCUUGCCCGAUUCAAAGAACAUAAAAGAGAGUAUGAGCUAUUGACUGAAUUACUCGAUCAAAAGUUCUUCCAUGCUGCUCGCCGCGGCUCAUGGUAUCAAAGGAAAGCCCUUUUAGAGGAACAUUACCUCUGGGCUCUCACGCCAAAGGAGGACCGAAGUGAUGAUUCGCAGAAGAAAUUUUGGAAACGAAUGGCUCUCAAAACCUGUGAAGCUGGGCUUCAGGAUCUAGACUGCCAUGUCAUCUUUCAUUACGAUCUCCAGAAGCGAAUUAUGAAGUUGGAAAAGUCAUUGAAGGUAGUAAAGCGAGAGCAGCAUGAUUUCGGCCAUGUUCUUUUAGUCAAACCUGAAGAGCGAACGAUUGAAGGCAUCCGUAUUGAGAGAGAGGACUCCCCGGUUAAAUCCGGCUCAAAGGUGAAUGGCGAUACUCCUACUUCCACAACACGGCGAGGUCGCCCUACCGUCUGGCUCGAUGAACGUGAGGAUAGUGGAGAAUGUAGAGUCGAAAAUAUGUGUCUUAGCUGGUACCGCGACCAAGGCUGGAAAGGCUAUCAUGCAGAAGGGGGUAUUGUUCGCACGCUGUUCGGCUACCUUUUCUACGACAUUCUUUUCACCUAUGUACCCAACGUUUUCCAAACACCAUUCCAAACCUGUCCACUAGAUCUCCAUACAGAUGCCUUCUACCCUUCCCGUGCCUCUGAAAUCAACCAUCGACUCGUCCAAAUCGCUAACGACGAAGCCGAAUCUAUUAUCCUUGACGUCCAUUCGCGCGAAUUUUCAAAACAAACAUGCAUUGUAGGUAUAGACUGGACUUUCCCAGUCGAGGAUCUUGUCGAGAUUGCGCAGUGCUUCCAUGGUUCCGCCUUAGCUACUGUUUGCAAAGUCAUGGCGCAGGAGUAUCAGCAACGUGGAGGUGGGAUUCCGGAUCUCUUCUUAUGGAAUACAGAGAAGAAAGAAGUUAUGUUUGUGGAGGUGAAAUCGGAAAAUGAUCGACUCAGUGAUACACAAAGGCUGUGGAUACAUGUCUUGACAGGUGCUGGGAUAAAAGUUGAGCUCUGCAACGCAGUUGCAAGAGAGGUGAAAUAUGUGUGA